AUGAGACGACACCACCUCACACACGGGAGAAAGCCUUACUCCUGCUCUGUGUUCUCACUCGGAGAGAAGCACCACUGUCUGAUCUGUCUGAAACAGUAUAUCAGAGCAGAAGAUCUGAAGAUUCACCACAGAGUUCACACGGGAGAAAGGCCCUACCGCUGUGCAGAGUGUGGCAAGAGCUACAUCAGGUCAAAGAAUCUCCGGGCUCACAAGCUGACUCACCAGAGGACAGGAGGUGGUGGUAAAAGUGACAGGGAGAUGGCAGCUACUAUCCAGGUGAAAGUGAAGGAGGAGGAAGAAGAGGAAGAGGUUGGUGGUUUCAUCAAUGCCGAAGGAGAGGAGGAAGAGGAGGUUGGUGGUUUCAUUAAUGCUGACGGAGAGGAAGUUGGCUGGAGUUUCCUGAUCUCAGAGAGUCCGUAA